AUGGCUGACAAGGACGCGUCCGAAGAGAAGAAAGAACCCAGAAAGUAUCCCAAGACGGGUGUUGACUUUAACCGGGCACAGUUGGAGCGACUCCUAAAGAAUCCAGACAAGCCAGUCGUGUUGCCGGAGCCCCCAAAGGAGAAGACGAUCCGUCCUCCAAAAGAUAUGGUCAAAAAUGUUCAAGGAAGUAGCGCUGGAGCCGGAAGUGGUGAAUUUCAUGUCUACAAAGCAAGCAGACGACGCGAGUAUGAGCGUAUAAAGCUUAUGGAAGAUGAAAAGGCCAAGGAAGAGAUGGAAGCUGUGACCGAAAGGCGGAAGAGAGAGCGAGAAGAGGAGGCUGAAGCCAAAACGGCCAAAAACCGUGCGAAGCGUCAAAAACGGAAAGAAGCGGCACGUCAAAAGGGCAAAGGAAAGCCAAAAGGCGAUGUACCGGAGCGGAAAGAGCAAGCAGGCGGUGGCGACUCUGAGAGUGACGAUGGACGACCGGGUCCGGAUGUUCCGUUCAAAAAGAAGCGAUUGGUGGCACCAGAGGUUAUUUCUGUCGCAAAGGCUCCGAGCGAGGACGAAGACGAGGAAAUGGCUCCAACCAGCGCACCGGCGGCUUCGACAGUGAAAGCAAACGUAACGAUUCAUGAUGAAGACUGA